AGAACAGUGGAGCUGCCAGCCUUAAUCAACUGAAGAAACCUUCUCCUGAAACUGUGGAAGGAAACUGUCAAACCAAUGGACGUACAUCUAUAGAUUUAUCCAGAUGUUGUGACGAAGUGAUCCAGAGUGGGAACCCUGACCUUUCACAAAGGACAGAAAAGUGUAAUAAUACUGGAUCUCACCAUGGUAGAAAAGCACGAAGCAUUUCAGAUGAUCCUGCUGUUAUAGUAAUAUCUGACACAGAGGAUGAUGGAAACCAAAGCAACAGACAUGUCAAGAGGAGAAGUGGACUAAUCUCUGAGUUGAUGGGGAGGGAUGGUACUUCACAAGGUGAAAAAAGGAAAAAUAAUAAAACGCAGGACGGCAAGCAUGAAAGUGCUAAAACGGAGACCAAAGAGCCUGGUAUGUUUCCUGCAGACACAAAGUCUCAGCAUCAACCCAAACUUCAACAUCCACAGUUGAAAGAAAAGAGACGGGAUGUAAGUUUUAGACUAUCGCACAGUAUAAAGAAGAGAAAACUGAUUCAAGUUAUAAGGCAUCCUAAGCAUUUUCAGCAAAAAGCCAACAGACCACCUACCUCAAAAACAGUGGAAACAGACAUGGAAAAAGUCCUUACCAAAAGGAAGACCAUUUCUUUAGACAUGGAGAAUAGCAAUAGUACCUUCAUGGAAGCUCAAACCAACAUUUUUGCCAAUGAAAACUCUCAAAUCGGUCUGUCAUCCAAAGACUCAUCUGAGAAGCUUCUGAUGUCUGGGGAGCGGGAGGUAUACUCCACUAAAGCUUGCCACAAGCAUGUUCAACAAAAGGCAAAAAGGACUUUGGAAAAAGCAUUAGAAAAAUGCGUUAACACACAGAAGAGAAGAACCAUAGUACUCUCAUCACAAACUGAGGGCAGCAAUGAUGCCUUACUUUAUGCACAAACUAGUCCAUCCUCCAAGUACAUGCCUAAGAGGUGUCUCCAGACUCUGGAUUUGAGUCCUAAUCCUGUGAGUCCUCACUUUUUUGUUCAGAGAGCUUCUCAGCCUAGUGAGCACAUGGAGCAGUCUACAGUCCAAAAAAAUAAAACUCUGGUGACACCAGAAACCAGCAAAAACACUCGCUCCUCUAAAAAGGAGACGCAACAUUUUUACAAAGAGAUAAAUGACAAGACUGGAUACAGAGGAACGCGCCACACUGAUACACACCAUACAUUACUUUCUAAAACUAAUACCAGCUCAGCUAGUGCCAGACGACAUUUUUCUUUAUACAGUUUACAGCAAGCUCAUUCCUACAGCAGCACCUCAACAUUAGGUCAGUCUUACACUCAUACAAAGGACCCAUCAUCCUUUACAUGCAUGCAGCAUUCAGCCAAGAAGCAAGUGUUUAAUGACAGUCAAAAGAGCUUUGUCCCAACCAGGAGAGAUCAAAAAACUAGUGUGGAGAGUAACCUACGAGCCCAGAACAGUUUCAAGUCAAUGAAGAAAGGUAGAUGUGGUGAUGAUGUGGCACACAGGCGGAGACGCAGCUUCUAUCCGUCUGUACCUCCUCUGAUGAAGAGGACCAAGUGUGAAGCCAUUCAGCUGACCAAGGCCAGAAAUCGGGACACUCCACAGAAACAAAGAUUCCCUGUGAGUGAAGGCUAUAAGUGGAAGAAUGAAACAAGCUUCAUGGCUAACAGAAGAUGAUCCUCAACAAUAUAUACACGGACUGCAUAUAAAACAUGAAUCCGGCUUCUGGCCCAAAUGUAAAACUAUACAUUCUUACGUUUCUUUUUUGCUAACAGCCCUGAGGGAACUAUUUUGAGUUGUUUCAGAUGUUUGUAGAGGUGCCACCAUUUCUGUCUUUGGUUUAUCAAAAGCUCUUCUGUACAGUACAGCGGCAUUCAUAUAAAACUGUAAAAUAUUCAAUAUUUUACCUGUUGUCAGUGUAAAUAUGUACGUUUAAUUAAUGUUAUAUUGUUAA